AAACCGGUGUCCGAAUUGGACAGAGAAAGACAGAGUGCUGCUUAUCUCUGAAAUGCAGCCACAUGAAUCGGUUCUAUUUAGGAAAUACAAGGGCCCCCUUCGGGAGGCACAGGUGAAAGCCGAUGCGUGGAAGGAGAUUGUCUCCAAGUUUAAUGCACAAGCUGAUAUGCCAAGGUCAUUAGAUCAGCUGAAGAAGCAAUAUGACAACGUAAAGACACGAGCAAAACAAAAAUAUCAUGAAAUCAAGAAGCCUAAAACUGGGGGUGGCCCAAGACCAGCAUCUCCAUCAGCUUCUCAGAGGUUGUUAUUAGAGCAGAUGUCAGGAAGGCCAAAUUUAUGUGGCCUCCCUAUGGCCUAUGACACAGAAGACCCCUGUCUUUUAGAAUUUGUGUCUCCAACAGACAUGGAUGGGAUUGAAAUAACUGAGGAAAAUGUCAACAUUUAUGACAUUUCUUUACCUCUACCAUAUGUACCUGUACCUGCACCUGCACCUGUACCUGUACCAGCACAGACAUCCAUUGAGGUGGAAGAAUCACCACCAGUACCGCAAAGAAUAACUAAAAAGAGGGGGAAAAAACCUGAUCUCGAGGAAGAUGUGCUGAGUACUGAAAAGCGUAGAGCUUUAGCAGAAAUUCGAAAAAUUGACCUGGAAUGUGGCUUGAUUCAGCUCCAAAAGGAGCAUGAAGUUGAACUAUUUGAGUUGAGGAAAAAUAUGUUAUUAGCAAAAAACAAAUAUUAUCAAAAUAAGUUAUAA